AUGCGCAUCCUCGUCGCCGUAGCUGCAUCCUCCCACGGCCCGUCCGAGCCACCUCCGCUCCUCCUUCGUCGACGCUCCUCGCCCGCUGCCUCAUGGCUGCUCGACGUCGUCGUCUGCCUUUCGCCGCACCGACGGGCCACCGAGACCCCCGGAAGCGCUCUCGCGCGAGCCGCUGCACCUGCCGUGGCCGAGGGGCGAGUCGACCGUCGUGGGCCUCGCCACCGAGCCGCCUGGGGGGCCCGCGACCUCCCCCGAUGGGCCGCAUCACUGGGAGCCGUCGACACCGUCGUCCUGCCUCGAGCGUCGACGAGCCCGAGUCGCCCGAGUCCGUCCCCGACCCGAUGGCCGCGAGGCACCGUCGACGACGACCGCUGCGCUGCAGCUCCCUCUGCCUCGCCGUACCCACGCCUCGACGGACCCCGCGGCGCUGCCCGUCGGCCUGAGCUUUUUCCGCUCCGCCGUGUGGGUGGUCCUGGUAGGGGCACGCCAUCGACGGAGCGCUUGAGAGUACCUGCGCGCGGACGUCGAGGCCGCCGACGCGGGGGCCCAGAGGCUGCGGCCUCGCCUGGCUCGCUGCGCCUGCGCUGUGUGUUCCCGCACCCGGCCGGAUCAACAACAACAACAUUGGGUCCUCCCCGAGCUAAAUCUCUGCCGCACCACCAUUCACCACCCCCUCGAACCCUCGACUCGACACCACAAAGUGCCACCUCCGACGACGUCUCGCCCGUCCAUCUCGUCGCCCGUCCAUCUCGUCGCCCCGUCCAUCUCGUCGCCCGUCCGCUCCGUCGCCCGUCCGUCUCGUCGCCCGUCGACGCCCAGCAAGCUCGAACACGGCACGCUCCCGCCGGCUCCCUCCGACCCUUCUCGACGCCCACCCUCCGUCCUCGCCCAGCAGCCUCCGCCACGAUGCCCGGCGGCAAGGGAAAGUCUUCCGGCGGCAAGAGUUCCGGCGGCAAGACGAGCGCCGAGGGCCACAAGAAGCAGCAGAGCCACUCGGCCCGCGCUGGACUGCAGUUUCCCUGCGGCCGCGUCAAGCGCUUCCUCAAGCAAAACACCCAGAACAAGAUGCGCGUCGGUGCCAAGGCUGCCGUCUACGUCACCGCCGUUCUCGAGUACCUGACGGCCGAAGUCCUCGAGCUCGCAGGAAAUGCCGCCAAGGAUCUCAAGGUUAAGCGCAUCACGCCUCGCCAUCUCCAGCUGGCCAUCCGAGGCGACGAGGAGCUCGACACCCUCAUCCGCGCCACCAUCGCCUUUGGCGGUGUCCUGCCGCACAUCAACCGCGCCCUGCUGCUCAAGGUCGAGCAGAAGAAAAAGGCAAAGGCCCUCGAGGCCUGA